AUGAAACUCUUUGUCAGCGUACUGACCUUAUCGCUGAGCACGCAUGCUCUGGCUUUCGAUUUCGCUCUGGCAGCUCCUAUCAGACGCAGCGAGCGUGCGACACAUACGAUAACAAAGACCACCUAUCACACGGAAGUACGGAGACUGUCUACAAAUUUCAAGGACCACCAUGUGAGGAGCGAAAGCUUGGUGUCUGACUCCUCUGCAUCUAUCUCUGAUGAGGUCUCCGAGGCUACGAACGGGGACACCGCGUCAUCCAUGGCAACAGUAUUUCUUUGGCCAAGGGGACAAAGUGGACAGAAGCCUACUAUUUCCCAACUACCCGUUACUGGCGUGCCUGUAAGUCUCGACGCGAGGCAAGUCGGCUUCGUACAUUUCGACGAUGACACCAAACGCGAAGAAGCUCUCGAUUUCGAAACAAAAAUCGUCAAUAAGAGGAGCACCGACCUCUACCAUAUCAAGAUCGAUCUCGCAUCUGAAGGCUACAUUUCGGUCUUCAUGUCCAACAGCACAGCCUCUGCGUUCUGCAAAAGUGAGGUAGAGCUGGACUCGGAGGGUGGGCCAAAAGGAGAACUGCAGCUAGCUGUUCGGAAUUCUACAAAGGUCGUAGCUAUACCUGUUCACCAAGAAGCGGCUGAUAGCUUCUGUUUCCACUUAAAGAACGCGGAGGGUAUUGACAGUUCACCGAGUGGCAAAGGUCCCGGCAGCGCAGCAGCGACAGCCUCGGCAUCAGAAGGCAAGAUGCCGAAGGUUACCCCCAGCGAGACAACGUCGGAGAGUGUGUCGAAGUCAUCCAAGCACGCGUCUACGGCAGUCUCCGCUUCGGAGACUGACACUGAUGACUCGGCUUCAGCAACAUCCGCGACCUCGACCGACAAGAGCACAUCUUUGAACACCUUCGAUAUUACUCACGAGAUAGAGACUUCGAAGUCCACAAAACAUGUACCUACGGAUGCAACGGCCUCCGAGUCAGGGUCUGCUACCAAUGAUGAAGGUACAGAUAUGACCGUGUCUAAGACAUCAAAAGCGGACGACAGCAGCAGUGGAUCCGAGGCAACAAAGUCUUCAAAGCAUAAGUCUACGUCUGUAACGGCUUCGGAAAGUGACUUGGCUACUUCGGAAUCGGCAACCGACGUGUCCAGCAAGCACAAGACCAAAUUAACAGCGAGCGGAGCCGAAGAAGAUUCGUCAAAGACGGUAGAAGCUUCAGGUACACCAACGGUAUCAAAAGCUGCGAACGCCGACCCUUCUGAACCCGAAGAGAGCGCUCCGUCUUCAACCAAGGCAAAGUCAAAGAUUUCCGAGGCUACUGAGACUGAGGAAAUGCCCGAAUCUGCAACAUCGGUCCAGGAGUAUCGGGGUCCAGCUGUAGACCCUGCAAACCCUGCUGACCUAGACACAUCCACGUCGCCCAAGGCCACACCAGCCGCUGUUCCUGUCAGCACAACCACGGACGAGCCGUUCACUGAAGCAAGCAUAAACUCGUUUUACUCGUAUAUAAAGAGCUUUGUAGAGACUGCUCCAGAUCCACCAUCAACCGCACACAUUGCUGAUCAGACUUCGAUCAUGACGACCGACUCUGCUAACGGGGCUUUGCGACGUGGAAUACUGAUAGCGCCAACGCCGGCUUUGAUAGGUGUCAGGGCUGACACUGGUCGUCAAUCGACAGAUAACAGCAUGACAUACACCUCUGACUAUAGCUGGAAGAGUGCCGUCUCUAUUGCUAUAGCUUCAACCACGGCGUCGAGUAACGCGGCGAUUGGUAGACUGAAACCACCUUCCCUACUCUGGCGUAUGUGGUACCCCACGACGACCACCAAAGGCAUUCAUUCGCGUAGCUUCAGUGGGCCUGGUGAGGAGCCUGAGCAGGAAGACGAGGGGUUUUUCAAGAUCGAUGUAGAAGAUGAUGGGCCUACGAGAGUCAGUACUGGUACUGAUGGAGUGGAAGAGGAGACGGCUAUUGCUACGAAGUUUGCGCAUAAACAGGAGGAUAAGGAUGGGGAUGAUGAAGGUAUUGAUGCGAAGAAUGGGGGCGAGGAAGAGGAAGAAGAGCUACCGGUUGAUAGGGAGACGGUGCCUGACGAAGAAGCUGAAACUGAUGAGGGGGCGGCUGGAGACGACGAGACGCCUACGUCUACGAAGAGCAAGGCGUCACAUACCAAGACUGCAGCGGAUGAGGAAGAUGACAGCGCGCCAACUACCGACACAUCCACGGAUGUUGAGAAGAAGGUCACAUCCAUCAAGAAGAAACCGACAGAUACAGGUGAUGACACCGCGCCAACUACCACCGCAUUCGAUGACGUCGAGGAAGAGGCGACAUCCACCAAAACGAAACCUGCAGAUGAGGAUGAUGACGCCGAACCAACUGCCAUCGCAUCCGAAGACGUCGAAGAAAAGACGACAUCCACCAAAACAAAACCUGCAGAUGAGGAUGAUGACGCCGAGCCAACUCAAACUGCAACCGAUGACGUCGAAGAUAAGGCAACAUCUACCAAGGAGAAACCCGCAAAAGAUGACGAGGAAGCCAAGCCAACUGUCACUGCAUCCAAAGAUGUCAAGGAAAAGGCAACAUCUUCGAAGACAAAACAUGCAGACGACGACGAGGAAGCUACGCCCACUUCCAAUGCAGCAGAUGAUACUCCUCCCGGGGACGACGAUGCACCAUUCAACAACGAUGAUGAAGAGGCCGAAACCGACACAUCCUCUGACGACACCCCCCCAAGCACCUCCCACAAGCCCAAGUCCACUAAUCACGCGACAUCUAACGCAGACGAUGAAGACGCGGACGAUGAACCUGCCACGACCACCAAAUCUAAACCCGCAACUUCCAACUCCGAUGACGACGCAGACGAGGAACCCACCACCUCGAGUUCCAAAUCCAAAUCCACCCAUAAGUCUAAAACGACAAUUCCUUCCUUGGCAUCCGGCCAACUACAGUUCGUACGCGGUGAGUGGCAUUUCGGCCGCACGUUCGUGUGGUAUAUACUCAAUUUCGAGAUGCUCGGCAUAGGAAGGAGACUUGGAGAAAGGGCCGAGGAGGCGCAGAAGAUGUGGGAGAAGGCGGAGAGGGAACGGGAGAGAGUUGAACGGUUGGCUAGGUUAGGUGGGUGA